UAUAUAUUGACACUUUUCAAAAUGAGCUUUUUGUUUUGAAAUUUAGCAUAUUUAAUUUUGUUUAUUUCAGAUCACAAAGAGGCCUCACAAGCUAGAAGUCUGAAAACAUCAAUGACAAAUGCGAAGGUUGCAGCAAUAUCCAAACGUAAAGCGGCUGUAGUGUCGGCUAUGACUAAUGUGUACUUUGCUGAACAACAUACUCUCGCGUCAUCGCUGGUUCCAGACCAGAACAGAUUGUGUGUCUUGCAGGGUGCAACCCAGUUCAAUGACCUUCGAGUUGACAGCCACACGUCAUAUGAACACAGCUCCAGUGUGUCGGAAUUUAAAAACUGUAUGGCUGACGUUCUGAGGAGUGAUCUUCUCCAGAAGAAACAGACAUCAUGCAAGUACAGUAUCAUGAUCGAUGAGAGUACAGACAUUUCAUUGAAGCAAAAUUUAGUGACCUAUGUUAGAUUUUGUAAACUGAUGAGUUUGGAAUGGCUGAACUUCAAAGAGCAAAUGCAGAGAGCAUAUAUGAGAAUGUAGUUCAUUUGCUUGGUAGAAAGGGAAUUGACAUUCAACAUCUUUCAGAAAUUCUAUUAAAAUUGAAAACUUGGAGAACUUGUUGAUUUUGUCCAUAGACAGCCCACCAAUGGAAAAGUUUGAUUUUAAACGUGCUUUCAAAAUUUGGGCUGGAUUGAAGUUGAGGUGGAUUAUGGCCUGCUAAAAUGUAUGUUCAGGAUAUCAUGUGCUCAUGUAAUGUAAAUUUAUCAUGUGCUUAUUUUAUGAACAUAUGCUUGAGUUAUGAUGUGUGUAUAUCUAUAAAUGUUUUGUUGAACUGUUGUUUUUUUUGUUAUGCACACAUGAUGUGGAUUAUGGCCUUCUGCUAAAAUGUAUGUUCAGGAUAUCAUGUGCUCAUGUAAUGUAAAUUUAUCAUAUGCUUUUUAUAUGAACAUGUGCUUGAGUUAUGAUGUAUGUACUUCUA